AUGUCAGACCACUUUUCUAUGGAAGAGAAUCUGCAGAAAGCUAUGUCAGCCUCAGAGGACAUAGAAGUGUCUCCCACGGAGUCACGUCAUGAUCUAGAGUCUCAAGCGUCCCGGGAGUCGCAACAGUCGGAAGACUCUCAUGAAUCUCGCGAGUCUCAGGAGUCAGAGAUUGCGCACGAGCCUAUCCAGCAGCGGUAUGAAAAACCAUCAUAUUCUCGUUUUCGACGUGUCGCCUCGAAGACAAUUGUAUCUUUUGGUCCCCAUGAUCCAGGGAAUCCUGUAAACUGGAAAAAGGGAAAAAAGGCGUUAGUUCUCUUGGCGGGUGUCAUGCAAGUCAUGAACAGCACGAUCGGCUCUUCCAUUUGCAGCAAUGCCAUCCCUCAAAUCGGUGACACCUUUAACGUCCACAACGAGCAGCUUCUGGUCCUACCCAUCUCCGUCUUUCUCAUCGGCUACAUCGUUGGUCCCCUGAUAUGGGGACCAAGUUCCGAAUAUUUCGGCCGGAAACGCCCACUUCUCAUCGCCUUCUGCGGCUUCAUGAUUUUCACACUGGCAUGCGCGCUAUCAAACUCAUACACCUCACUCCUAAUUUUCCGACUGUUCAAUGGAAUGAUGGCUUCUGCGCCAAUUGCUGCUACCGGUGGACUGUUUGCUGAUGUCCAUGAUGACCCAACUCAACGCGGCCGUCUCAUGGCAUAUUACAUGGCCUGCACAACCUUUGGACCGAUUAUGGGGCCUUGGGUCUCUGGAUUCGUCGCUGUUGUCAGCUGGCGGUGGUGCUUCUGGAUCGGGCUUAUUUGCGCCGGUACCACGUUGCCACUGGUCAUAUUUAUGCCAGAGACGUAUGCCCCUGUAAUCUUGAAGCGUCGGGCAAAGAAGCUGCGCAAAGAAACCGGCAAUUCAAACCUUUGGUCGCCACUGGAUAUGGACAGUCGCAACCUCAAACAAAUGUUUCUCAUCACGAUCUCACGACCCUUCCGCAUGCUCAUCCACGAGUCGAUUGUUUCUUUGACUUCUUUGUACCUGGCGCUGGCGUACGCUAUUUUCUAUCUCUAUUUUGAGGCAUAUCCGAUUAUCUUCCAAGGCAUUUACGGGAUGAGUCCUGUUGGUGUUGGUGCGAUUUUCGCCUGCAUAGUGUUCAUUUGGUAUGACGGCUACCUCGCCCGAGCGAAAGCCCGUGGCGCCCCCUGGGCCUACAUCGAGGAGUACAGACGACUGCCCUUGGCCUGUAUCGGGGGCCCAUUGUACGUCAUCUCCCUUUUCUGGGUGGGAUGGACGGCAUCGCCCAAUAUUCAUUGGGUCGUCCCUUUUCUCUCUGGCAUCCCCUUCGGAAUGGGGUAUCUAUUGAUUUUCAUGGCUAUGCUCAACUAUCUCACCGAUGCCUACGUGACCCUAUCUGCCAGCGCUCAAUCAGCUGCCAGCUGUACACGAAGCAUAUUUGGUGCGAUACUGCCCCUCGCCACCAAGCCCAUGUUCGAUCGCCUCGGCGUGCAUUGGGCAUGCAGCCUGAUUGCGUUUCUGAGUCUUGGAGUGUCCAUCAUCCCGUUUGCAUUCAUCCGUUUUGGCGAUCGAAUCAGAGCCAACAGCAAGUUCUGUCAGGAACUGAAACGGAUCAGAGAGGAAGAACGUCUUGAGCUCGAGCGAGAGGAAGGUCUAGAGGCCGACUCCAACAAUUUGGAGAAAACCCCUUCGAUCCACACCAUCACAAGAGUGGAUACGGCUCGCACAGACAAAGCUUCGAUCAUUUUCUAA